AUGAUGUCCAAAAUCUCUGCUAUCGUCCUUCUACCCGUCGCCUUCUCUCUUGCGUUGGCAACGGUGCUACCAACACGAGAUGCCGCAGAGACCUGCUGGUCCGGCGAGAUCCACUAUCCUUGUGAUGGAGCGACGACGGGCUGUACUCCUGGCGGAAUCAUGGUCGCAUGUCAAUCAUCUUCCAACGCCAUGAUCUUCAACAGCUCGUGUGGGCCUGGAACAGGACAAGGCACAUGCGCGUACGACGCCGACUGCAACGCAUACUGCGCGUAG